AUGUUGAGUUUGGGAGAUUCCUCAAACAGUAAUGCGAAGGAGUCCAUACAAGAGGGGAUAGAACAGUUGACCAAAAUGGCUUCGCAGUUAUCGGAUGAUUCCUCAUCUCAAUCUCACGAUACAAGAAGCGGAAGCUCUGUAAUGAAACAAGCAGCAAACCGAAUUCCUGAUCAAGGUUUUAUAGAUAUUUCGGUCACGCCAGUUGAAAGUAGCUAUGUUCUAUUCAUACAGGUGGUUUUCCCAUUCGCAAUAGCUGGGAUGGGAAUGGUUCUUGCUGGUAUUGUGCUCGAUUGGGUACAGAAUUGGCGGUUAUACAAAGAAGUUCCUGAAAUUUUCAUACUCGUUCCUGCUUUAUUGGGCUUGAAAGGAAAUCUUGAAAUGACGUUCGCAAGCAGACUGUCAACCAUGGCGAAUCUCGGUUAUCUGGAUUCUCCACAACAAAGAAAGAACGUUAUCACUGCAAAUUUAGCUCUAAUCCAAGUUCAAGCAGCAGUUGUUGCUUUUCUCGCGUCUUCCAUAGCCAUAGUACUCGCUUGGAUACCGAAAGGAGAACUUGAUUGGUCUCAUGCUGCUCUCUUGUGUGCGUCGUCUUUGGCAACGGCCUGUAGUGCUUCGUUAAUAUUAAGCCUACUAAUGUCUGGUGUUGUUCUAUGCUCAAGAACAUACAAUAUAAAUCCUGAUAAUGUUGCUACUCCUCUAGCCGCUUCGUUCGGCGAUCUAACUACGCUGGGGGUAUUAUCCAUGUAUGGCUCAUUGUUCCUCACAGCGCAUGAAACUGAAUCAUGGCUUAAUGUUAGCAUUAUAUUACUAUUUGUUCUACUCACUCCGCUAUGGAUAAGAGUGGCAUUGACAGAUGAAGGAACAUCAGAAGUUUUGAGCAAAGGAUGGUCUCCUGUGAUUUUCUCUAUGUUGAUCAGCAGUGGUGGUGGUUUCAUUUUAGAAAAUGCUAUAAGAGAAUUUUCUUCCAUGGCUGUUUUUCAACCAGUUAUCAAUGGUGUUGGUGGAAAUUUGGCCGCCGUUCAAGCUAGUAGGCUCUCUACAUUUUUCCAUCAGUCUGGUACACUCGGCGAGCUUCCCAAUGGGUGGACAACCUCACGUUUUACAAGUUUCAAAAGGGCUUUCUUCAGCAAAGAUUGGGAUUCGCGUUCGGCUCGCGUUUUGCUGUUCCUUGUAGUUCCAGGUCAUAUAGUUUUUAAUUGGUUCAUUCGCCUGCUCCACAUAGGUUCGAGUGUUCCCCCUCACGGCGCUUUAUUCACUAGUUUUUAUCUGAUCGCCGCCAUGAUUCAGGUUGUGGUUAUUCUAUACGUUUGUCAAUACAUCGUUCCUUUGAUGUGGAUGAAUUCUACCGAUCCUGAUAAUGCUGCAAUCCCAUACUUGACCGCUCUAGGAGAUUUGCUGGGAACUCUUCUAUUAUUUUUUGUUUUCCUCUUUCUCAGUGGAGUUGACGCGAAAGAGAUUGCAUCCUCUUGA